AUGUCCGGCUCAAAACCUAAAGCAUUGCUUAAGCAUUCCAAAGGCAAAAAGAAAUCGGAGCAGAUCUUAAGCACCGCCGAUGAUUUUCAACAAGCGGGAGUAGAUUUCGAAGAGGCUGCAGGCAAAUGGAGAGCUGGUGAUGCCGCCAAGUCCAUGCGCUUCUUUUCAAAGGCGCUCGAAACGUAUGAGGAAGGGCUACGGAAGUUUCCUACUAGCCUCGACCUUGCAUACAACAAAGCGCGCGUUCUUUUAGAGGUUGCUACUCAUCCAAUCCUGGUCAAUCAGCUACAAACACCGGUGCUGGAAGCCCUCCAGAGAGCUUUAGACGCCCAUCAAUAUGCACUCAAUCUGGACCAAGAAAAUCCAGACACUAUUUUCAACACAGCUCAGGUUUUGACCAGCAUUGCGGAAAUCUAUGCUAGAGACGGCGCUGAUCAACAAGCCCUCCAGACGCUCGAACAGGCACUCGAACUUCAAACUCGAUGCCUUGCGCUCCAAGAGCUGAAACUGGAGGAAGCAACGCAACAACAAGCAGGUUUAGAGGCACAGAACGAUGAUGAGGACGACAUUGGAGGUGUGAAUCUUCCGACGCUGGAAGAUACUACUGAACAAAUCCCAUCAACAACCGCGAACAACAACGAAGAACAGUGGUUUUCUAUUGUAGAGCCUGUCACCAAGGAUACUUUGAUUGAUACCAUUCUAGCACAGCUGGGGACUUUGACCACUCUCUGCAGCAUUGUUUCUUCGUUGGCAAACCCGGCAUUGGCAAGCAGCCUUGCUUGGGUGGAAGAAUUCUCUGCCAAGCUGGUCAAGACAAAACUACCAGUCCUCAUCCGAGAGGCGACACCAGAUCGAAUGCAGGAGGUGGCUUUGACAAGUGCCAUUUUCAUGUCCAACUUACUCGAAGCCGGUUAUCGCAUGGGAUCUAUCGACGCAGAGACAUACAAGAGAGAGCGUGAUGACGCCUUUAAAACCCCUGAACUUGGCUUGAAUGGAUCAUUUGCAGCUCUCUCGGCCAACGCCAGUAGCCUGAUGUCAUUUAGCGUAUCGAUCAAGGAUCGUGAACAGCCAUUGAUGGCUUCUCAUGCGUCGCAGAGCUGGAAUGCCUUGUCUGCAGCCAUAACAAAUCUAGCCACCGCAGCGAAUAUCUCAGAGCCGAUCCCAGAUGAGAUAGCCGAAACGCAUUUACUUCGUGGAAACUGUUCUUUGCUGCAGUAUCAACUUGGGCGGCCCCCAACGUCCUACCAACAAGCAGCAAAGAACGAGGGCCAGCUUUUGAAGAACGCUGACGUGUUUUACCGCAACGCUUGUAAACUCUACCAAGAUGGUGAACAGAAGUCAGUGUCACAGUUUAGGGUGAGCGUUGUUCAAGCGCUACAACAGGGGAAUGAUAUUACUGCCACUGCACGUACAGCUGGCCAGUCGAGGGGUCAAGAAUGGAUAGAAGCUCAAUUGGAUGACAUGACUGAGGAAGGUCUUGUUAGCCUCGACGGCUAG